AUGCAUCACCUGGAAAGAUGUAGACAGCUGAUAAAUAGCACCGUCCUAAAGCUAGUGGUGCGACGCUUAGAACCUACUAUCCAGAUUGUCCACCGUACCGUAACUAGUCACACGAACCGUGAUGCACUUUGGCGUGCAAUAGAGACUGCAUCGAGGAGCGGGCAACCGUUCGGCCGCACCCAAAAACAACUCCGCCAAGUGCACGCCGAACAGCGAGCACUGCUGCGUAUGCUGUGCGAUUCUAGCUCGAUACCGGCGUACGUGUUUGCGCGCCAUCUGCAUACAUCGGCACGGAAGCUGGACAAACAACAGCCACCCCAGAAGCCGAAACCAUCGGACCGGCGGGGAGAGGGAGAUCCAAACCGGGGCAAUAAGAAGGAUGAUGAGGAUGAUAAGGAAAAGAUGAUGUCCGUGGUGACGAAGACGCUGAUCUGGAUGAUUACGAUCUAUCUGCUGGUUGGCUUCCUGUCGAUGGUGUUACCGUCGCGCAAUCGGCCCGAAUCUGCCACACGCUACGUUAGCUGGCACGAGUUCGUACAUCACAUGCUGGCAGUCGGUGAGGUGAAGGAGGUGGUGGUACACCCGGACAUGGAGAUGGUGACCAUUAUCCUGCAGGACGGUGCGAUCGUGAAAGGACGCCGCGUGCAGUCGAACAUCUUCCACAUGGCGGUGGCCGAUGUGAACAAGUUCGAGGAGAAGCUGCGGGCCGUCGAGCAGCGGCUGGGCGUUACCGAGGGUGUAUCGGUGCAGUUCGAACGGAGCGGGGAUGUUAGUGGACGCAUCCUGUUUACGCUGUUUGCGACCGGCGUGAUUAUUGCACUGCUUAGCCGGAUCCGGGGCGGCCGGGGUCCAAUCUCGAUGGACAGCUUCACGCAGAUGGGACGGGCCAAAUUUACUCUGGUCGAUCCGAUCGAGGGUGGACGAGGCGUGUGGUUCCGCGACGUGGCCGGAUUGCAAGAAGCGAAGCAGGAGGUGAUGGAGUUUGUCGAUUAUUUGAAAUCACCCGGACGUUACCAGCGGCUCGGUGCGAAAGUGCCAAAAGGUGCACUUUUGCUAGGACCACCGGGCUGUGGGAAGACGUUGCUGGCGAAAGCGGUCGCAACGGAAGCACACGUACCAUUUCUCAGCAUGAACGGGUCCGAAUUUAUCGAAAUGAUCGGCGGUUUGGGAGCGGCACGUGUUCGCGAUCUAUUCAAGGAGGCAAAGAAACGUUCACCGUGCAUUAUCUACGUGGACGAGAUAGAUGCGAUCGGCCGUCAACGGGAGGGUGGAUCGGCAGGAACUGGUGGCAUGAAUUCGGGCGAAUCAGAGCAAACGCUUAACCAGCUGUUGGUCGAAAUGGAUGGUAUGGCAAGUAAGGAGGGUGUACUAAUGCUUGCCAGCACUAAUCGGGCGGACGUCCUCGACAAAGCGUUACUACGUCCGGGUCGUUUCGAUCGCCACAUUCUGAUCGAUUUGCCCAAUCUGGCCGAACGGAAGGAAAUUUUCGAGAAGCAUCUGUCCGGGAUUGCACUUGAGCAGCCACCCGCCACCUACUCGAGCCGGUUAGCGACACUAACGCCCGGGUUUUCCGGUGCCGAUAUUGCGAACGUAUGCAACGAGGCAGCACUCCAUGCUGCCCGCACCAACCAGAAGGUGGUACGGACGGUCAACCUCGAGUACGCAGUGGAACGGUUGGUGGGUGGUACGGAAAAACGGUCCCAUGCCCUAUCGCCUACCGAACGGCGCGUGAUAGCAUUCCACGAGUCGGGUCAUGCGCUUGUCGGUUGGAUGCUGCCCAACUCGGACGUUCUGCUCAAGGUAACGAUCGUACCGCGCACGAGUUUGGCGCUCGGAUUCGCUCAGUACACACCUAAAGAGCAGAAGCUGUACACCCGCGAGCAGCUGUUUGACAAGAUGUGUAUGGCGUUGGGUGGCCGGGCGGCGGAAAAUCUCACCUUCAACCGUAUUACAACCGGUGCGCAGAACGAUCUCGAAAAGGUGACCAAAAUGGCGUAUGCACAGAUUAAAUACUUCGGCAUGAACACCACCGUUGGUCCAAUUGCAUUCGCUGAGGACAGCGAUAAUGAUCCGUACGCGGAAAAGCCGUACUCGAAGAGUUUGGGCAAUCUGAUCGAUUUUGAAGCGCGCAAAAUGAUUACCGAAGCGUACGAGCGAACGGAGCAAAUUCUGCGCGACAAUGCGGACAAGCUGAACCGGCUAGCGGAAGCGCUACUCGAGAAGGAAACCCUCAACUACGACCAGGUGGUGGAGCUGAUCGGACCGCCAAUGUAUGACGAUGCGAAGCGUAAGAUAGAGCCGGUUGAUUUCGAAGACAGCCUGAAACGGUUAGCUCAGAACGGUGUGGAAGAGAAGUGA